AUGAAUAGAGAAAUUAGCAUUGGUGAAAGUGUUUUGAGUAGGUGUGAUAAUGAAAAAGAAGAAAUCAAAGAAAGAGAAGAAAUUGUCAAGAUGUGGAAACAUAUGGACGAGAAGUUGGAAAUGAAAGCCAAAUCACUUAAUCUUACAGCUAUUAAUGUCAAGUCCAUAUUGCACCAUAUGAUAAAAAAUCCUCAAGUGAUACCUGUUAUUAUGGGAUUGGAUGAAAGCUCUGCGAUUGCAGACUUGAAGUUGACCAGAUCAAAAACAAAACAUUUGUCCAAACAAGAGACGCAUACUGGCCAAAAAGAAGAAGGCCUUGUGACUGUAUCUCGUGCUUCACGAACUUUUCUUGAUGUUGAUUAUGAUUCCAAUGAAGAUGAUGAUGCUGAUUAUCUCCCUGAACAGGAUGAGGAUGCAAGCGAAGGAGAAGUAGAAAAUGAAGCAGAUAAUAGGAAAAUUUCGUUUGAAAUUUUGAGUAAUGCGCUUCAGGUGUACUUUAUUGAUCCCUUUGCAUUAAAUACAAAAAUUCUAGAUGAAGAAAAGGUAGAGGUCAAUAAUGAUGAUGAUGUUGCACCCGCACUGCAUACACGCUCAAAACAUGAAAGUAACAUUUAUCCGGAAGAUAUGCCAAGUUUUGGUGAUGAUGUUUUAUUGUAUACUGCAGUCGAUGAUCCGGAGUAUGUGGAGUUCAUUUCAAAUCUAAAUGAUCCCUCAAAAUAUGAUCUUGAUGAGGCUGAGGAUCCCGAAUAUAAUUUUCUUGCGGAUGCAGACACCGAAGACAUAAUAGAAGAGUACGAAGUACGGAAAGAUCGCGCUACAGAAAUACCGCUGCGAGAAGUUGAAAACUUGUUGCAAGACUUGUUGGAGGCUCGUUUGCUGCCUUCAUCUGAACACUUGGAGCAAACCAUCGAUUUCGUGAAGAAUGAAAAUAAAUCAUGCCAGUCGGCUAGGAAGGAUGAUCAUAAGCUGAAUAUGAAGAAGAUCAAAGCAGUGCUUGCGGAAUCUGCACCAGGAAAUAUUGAACCAACCACCAUUCUUGUGAAUGCAUCUGUGGAUGAUUUUCAGAAAGUUUCAACAACGUCUUCAUCUCUUUUGUGUGCUAGUGUUGAAAAUCCUCCUUUCUUUUCGUUUUAUGAACUGCAACAACUUAUCGCACAAUUAGAAAAACAUGUGCAGCUUCUAACUCAGUUUGCAAUAGGCUGUUAUUUCGAUAAAGCAAUGAUUGAAAUAUACAAUGCCUUCCAAAUUAUGAUUAACGAGUUGAACGAUUACUGUUUGAAGCGUCCGGAACAUUCUUUAUUUAAUGUUGUAAAUUUGGAAGCUUGUAUAGCUACAUGCCACGAUGCGAUCGAAUGUGAAACUAUCAGUGACUUUAUUAUUCAUCAGCGAAAAUCCAGGAAAUUGGAGUUUCCGCUACCAAAAACGAUGUUGGUUCUUUCUCGAAGUAAAGCGUUGCUAUUUCCUGAAUUACUACCACAAGUUGGUAUGAAGAUGUUUCCUUCAUUUUAUCAAUAUUUUAUUCGAGAGGAAGAGUGUCUACUAGCCCUUGGUUUGUGUCAGUUCGCUCAUUUGAAGCAAUUUUCUGGAAAAAGAAAAUGUUAUUCAUUGAUCAGUCAGCAUUUAUUGGCAAAUAAAACGCAGUCACAGAUACGGCUGCAUCUGAAGAAUUUUCGUUUCAGCAACCAACCUGUACAUACACUUUUCUUGAAAGCUGAAACGGGAAUAGUAAAUAUGAUUUUUCCUCUGGAAAACAGAUCGACCGCGAUUUCUGGUCCACCAUAUUUAUGGCCACAAUAUCUUCAACCGAGAUGGCUUAAGGAACUUGUCAACAGACAACAGUAUGAUUUAGACUGUGAAAAUCUCGCACUGGAUGGUUUGACUUUUGUGAAGAUCAGUGAUGAGAUAGAUUCUCCAUCAAUGGGUCGUUUAGAUUCAGAUAGUAGUUCUCUUCCAAACAGUUUUUCUGAACGUCGCACAAUAGAUGCAGAGAAUUGGGCUUCUGAUAAAACAUCCAUGCCGAUCGCUUCGGAUACUGACAACACUCGAACUGGGCAAUUCGAGGCCAGCAUGAAUAGACCAACGAACACUGCCUUUGCACCCAUUGGAAGUGAAUAUACUGAAAUAAAUGGAAUUCCAUCAUCACCUGUUCGCAAUCUUUUGCUUUUUUCAUCUACUCCAGUAUGUGAAGCAACGAGUCCGUUACUUUCGCAAUCACACCCGUCGGUAGUUAUGUCGCCUGCAAGUAGAAGAUCGUCACAAACCUCGCAUCGCUUAGCAGUUAUAUCAGUUGGGCAUAGUAGAUUACCAUCACCAAUCUCAUGUUCUUUAAUAACUGCAUUAAAUGAGAAACCCUUGUCAUUGGUCUCGCUUCAUUCAAGGGUUGUGUCGCCUGCUAAUGAGGAAUCACUAGCAAGUUAUUCACAAUGCUCAACAAUCAUAUCGUCUGCGAGUGAAUCAGUAAAUCUUGUCAGAAACGUUGGUGCAACCAAGCCAGUAAAACUCGCACCAUUCAAAAAGAUGCCACCGACUGAAAAAUUAAACAUGACUGAUUACGAAGAAAGUUUUGAUUCGGAUCAGUAUGAAAUUGAAAUGAUUGAUGAAACUGAUGAAAGUGUGGGAUCAAGUAUCUCGGGUGAAGAAGUCGUGGUGGAUUCAUCACUUUCGCUAGAUCUCGAAAAUUCGAUUUGUUUACAACAGUCGCCUGGAAGAAUAGAGCGUGAUAGCAAUAAUGACGCUUUGCCACAUUUUAGCACCACUAAUUUUGACUGUGCAUGGUCUAUGAAAGCUAAUACACAACAAAAAGUCCAAGUGAAAUAUGGCACUUCACCAUGUUCUACGGUCAUUGAAAAAGUUAAAGAGAUUUAUGGCGUUGCAGAAGGUAAUUAUCAUGAAGACUAUCGAGAAAAUCAACACUUGAAUCAAAAGACAUCCAACUCACCGUGUUCUGAUGCAGAAAUUUCUUGUGAAAUGCCUGAAUGUUCUUCAUUGAUAUAUAAAUCAUCAAAAUGGGUUCCCAAUACUCCGAGUGGUGAUAUUGAAUAUUCUGAUCUAGUAAGAUGGACACCAACAAACUCAUCGUACUAUAGCAAUCUCAUGAUGUUCGGCACGGAAAAUAAAGCUAUUCAGUGUGAUCUUACAGCUUCCAAUUGUGAUAACGAGAUGACUCAAAUCUCGGGGAAUACCAAGGAUAACAUAACUCAAGAUAUUCCAUGCGAUUCGAUUGCUAACUCUAUUCGAUUUGAAUUUGUUCACUGCAGUGAUCCUCCUUUUGCACAAGAUAAUGAAGAAGUUGAUGGAGCAAAACAGGGACAGAAUGAGCAGACAGUAUCGAAUGACGGAAGUCGGGGUAGUGAAAGUGUCAGAGAUGAACAAGAGUUACCGGCUGGUACAGCAGAUAGUAGUAAGUCAUCACUACCUGGCGAUAAAGAAGGCGAUGGUAGUGAUGGCGAGGGAAAUGGACCUAUAGAUGAAGAAAAACGACGGAGACGUGUACGCACUCGCAAAGAUCGUGUAAGAGAUGGAUUGCAUGGGAUGCUUGAUGCACAACACCGUGCACUUCAAAUAAAGUGUAUGGCGCAUGUCAUUUUUAAUGAUUUUGAGCAACGUAUGUUCAUGUAUCAGGAUAAAGUAAGAGCUUUUUGCGAACUGAUCGCUGAAGACUCGAUGUCUCCAGAAAUGUUUGAAAGAAUGCAUGAUAUUUUCGAGGAGGAACAUGAACCGAUAUAUUUUCUUCUCUCUUUUCUUUUUCCACAAAAUUUACUUCCAGCAAGUGUUCUUGAAAAUCCGAUUCGUAAAGCUUACAAUGAUGCCUUUGAGAUGAUAUAUAAUAUAGAGGCAUUCACAUCUUUUGGAAACACGAGGUUAUCCGCACGCACUAUAUUUCGCAACGUACGUGAUCUCGGUAAGAAAGGAUUCGAUUGUACAUGUGAAGCGUUAACAACUCGUUUGUUUGAAUUGAUUGGUAAUAAGGGCCCGUUAUGGGAAAUCAUUUCACAAAAUAUUCCAACUCGUAUUUGUCAAUCGAAUUAUUCCGUAACGGAUUUUGAAUAUGUUGAUUUGUGCAAUUGGAAAAAAGUGGAUGCGCCCUAUGAAAAUGUUGAUCUUACCACGGCGAUUGGUGCUCAAACGGAGAAACAGCGUUCGGGAGUUUUUGUUGGCUUUUUGCGCAAUCUCUUUACUGAGCGAAAAGGUAAGCUAUAUGAAGUUGUAGCAGAAUGGAAGCAAACGAAAAUUACUCCACCAGCUCCUCCACGACGCCGACCUACAACAAGAAGAGCAAAGAAACGCAAAUACAAAGUAUCGAAUAGAGUAGAAAUUGCGAAAUUAUCGAAAAUGUCAGUUAAAAUACCAGGCAUAAAUCGUCCAUCUCUACAAGACCGAACAGCUGAUGUUGUGAGCAUUGAUUGCCCAAGCAAGAAUGCUACAACCUUGCAGUUUGUUCGAAAACGGUCCAUUCAACCAACAAAGGUAGCUGGAACGAAAAAAAGGCGGAAAAAAAGCGAAGAAAUUGCAAUGAAGCAGAGUACUUUUACCGAGAAUGAUGAUACCAAUUUAGUCGUGAAUUACAUUGCUGAUUCUGGUGCAAAUUUGAAUGGAAGUUCUGGAAGUGGUGCUGAUGGUUUGCUAGAAAAUAUUGCAGAAUCUAGAAUUGUAGAGGCUGGAUUAGUUGUCAAUCCUUUGUGCAAAAUACCUUGUCCGGUUAUGAUGAAUUCAACGAGGAAAUGGACAAUCGAAGAAGACCGAAAAAUCCUAUAUAUUCAUAAGGAAAACGGACCUGACAUAGAUCUUACACUGGCAUCAAUACAGUUAGAAUUACCUGAAAUUCCCAUUGAUGAGUUAAGGCAAAGGUUAGCAUUUUUGCUAAGCCUUUUACAACAUAUGGACGAUACUGGUAACAAAUGGAUAUAA